GCGCUCUGGCUCUGUGUCGGAUGUAACCACGCGCGCGUUUCGGUCUGAUCGGGGAUCGGAAUCACGCUUUGGUUUUUUUUUUUGUUGGAUUACACCCGAUCUGAUGUUUUAUUCCUGCAGUCUGAUGCGGAGAAAUGGGUAAACUCCACUCCAAACAUGCUGCAAUCUGUAAACCGAGGGAAAGCCCGGAAGGUGAUAGUUUUGUAGUGAAUGCCUGCUUGGCGAGAAAAGGACUGGACGACUGGUUGGUUAAGCAGAAGUAUUACUGCACGAGCGCUCGUCUGGAACAGCAGGACUGUCCACAGAAAAGUACCUGCGGGGCAUCAGCGAGGGACCCUUUGAAGGAAGCUUGUGCUGAGGGUAUUAGUGAUGAGCACUGUCGUUUAGAAGUAGCCCUGCCUCCUGAGAAGAUUGACAGCUGCAGUGCAGAAGAGAAGAUGCAGGAGAAGGAGAGCUCUGCACCUACGGGUCCACACAAACAACUCCAGUUUGAGGAGUUGGAGUGUGCCGUUUCAGUAGAGGAGGAUAACAGGCAGGAGUGGACCUUCACUCUGUACGACUUUGACAACAAUGGCAAAGUUACAAGAGAGGACAUCACUAGUUUGCUGCACACGAUCUAUGAGGUGGUGGACGCCUCGGUGAACCACUCGCCCAGCAGCAGCAAAACCCUGCGUGUGAAGCUCUCGGUCACGCCCGACGCCAGCCAGAGGUGGAGGAACGGCAGUGGCACCCAUGCCAACGCAGACAUGCCACACCCUAGACUGAAGGCUGAGAAGUGCUUUGAGGAGCCUAAAAGCUCGGAGAAGAAGUCCAGAGCCCUUCUGAGGCGUCAUCACAGUGACCAUCACAACCAGCAGGGCUGCCAGAGACACUGUGUAGAUGAAAACCUGGAGAGAAGGAAUCAUUAUCUGGACCUGGCCGGCAUUGAGAACUACUCCUCUCGCUUCGGGACAGCCGCGCCCGCCGCCGAGCCGCCCAAACCCGACCACGCCUCUCGACCGUCCAACCAGACUCGCUCCCGCUCUCAGGAGCCCGAGAACGGACACAGCCACCCGCCCCACCACCAUCGGCGCUCGCACACCAUUUCAGCUGAGACCCCCGUCCUACAGGACAGCCUCUGUCUCCGCCCCCGAGCCCAGGACUCCACCCACCACUCUCAUGGCGUACGAUCACCCAAAACCCAACCUUCCUGUGGCAGAGUGAUGAAGCGAGGCCCCGCCCCUCCUCCUGCUCAACCUGUCAAAGCCGCACCCCAUCAGAGUUCUGCACCUUACCGGAGACACAAGCAGCGGCCCAGGGAGGGGCCUCCGGCGCGAGGGGCCGGGCCUCCGGGACGUGGGGCGGGGCCAGUCGUGAGUUCAGGACCGGUGAUGGAAAAGGAGCAGGUGAGGGAGCUACCCAACGUCGUGCUCUACGAAGGCGGCCUGGCGCAGGUGGUGCAGCGACACGAACACCACCACCAUCACGAGCACCACUACCACUACCACCAUUUCUACCAGUCGUAAGCGGAGCGUGAGCAUGAAGCGAAGGAAGCCGCGCAGGCCUGAGCAUGGCUGAGCCGAGACUCACAGACAGCAGGCGCCGCGUUCGCCGUGUGUCUUUGCAUGUGUAUGUAAAAAAGCAAGGACUGAACUGCAGACUAGGAAAGGGCUAUAUCUCUCUCUCGGUUUUCUCUUCCUCUUGGAUCACUUUAUUGCUCGUGCUCUAAUAUACGUUACGAACGCGGUCUCGAGACAUGUCAUGGGAUUUGAGGUCGUCGACCCCCCCCCCCCCCCCUUCCCGAAAUCAUGUAAAAAUCCUGCGUAAAAUAUAAAUUAUGUGAACCCUUAAAAGGGUUACGACUGUUAAAUGAAGUAUCGUGAGCUAUGAAGGAAAGGGAGAAUGUGUGUGUGUGUGUGUGUAUGUAUGUAUUAUGUAUGUAUGCAUGUAUGUACAGUAUAUGUGUGUGCCUAAAUUGCCUACGGUGUCUUUUUUCGACGCCGAUCCUGUGUUAUUGCGACUCGAUAACCACUUGAAAAAGCACUUGCGGUGCGCCUCCAUUCAUUCUGCAAAGGACAGACGGAUCAGAACCGGUUCCGUUCAUGCAAUACAGGACUCGGCUUCAGAGACUGCGAGGAAAAAAAGAACGAAAGGUGGGGAAUGAAGAAGGUGAAAGAAGAAAUCCUAAUCUGCUGCUACCUCUAGUGUUAUUAUAAUUGUUGAGGGGAAAAAAAAAAAAAAAACGAUCAUUUGGAUAGUGUUUUUAAUUUUGGAUUAUUUUGUACACCACCACUCUCCAGUUCCGCUCUCCGUUUUUAAAAUCGCAUACAUAUGCUACAGACUUUGUUGUAUGUACCCGUUUAACAAAAAUAUACCGUCGACAUCGUA